AUGAGCCAGUCGUCGAUUCAGCGAUAUGGUCUAAAAUACAACACGACGUGGAGGUUUUCUCCAGCCGAUGGCCCAUGGUUCAAUGGUGUGACAGAAGCUUUAGUGAAAUCAGUGAAACGAGUACUAAAUGCAACAAUCGGAGAGCAAAUUAUGACGUUUAGCGAGCUACAAACCGUCAUGUUUGAAGUGGCCCAAAUUCUUAAUCAACGGCCAAUCGGUUCGCACCCAACGACACCGGACGAUGGCUCUUAUCUAUGCCCCAACGAUCUUAUUUUAGGGCGGGCUUCUAACAAAUCGCCGCAAGGGCCAUUUAAAGAAAGAAUUAGCAACAAACAUAGGCUCGACUUUAUUGAAGCUGUAGUUAACUCAUUUUGGAAGAAGUGGUCCCGUGAUGUCUUUCCCAACAUGGUCAUGCAACCCAAAUGGCAUGUUGCGAGGCGUAACGUGCAAAAAGAUGACGUUGUACUUAUCCAGGACAGUAACGCUAUCCGAGGAGAAUGGAAAAUGGGAGUGGUCACAGAGACACAUCCUGGAGACGACGGAAAGGUGAGACGUGUAACUGUAUCUUACAAAAACAUUCGCGACGAGAACGACGCUAACAGCUACGGAGGUAUUCGAUAUACGAGAAUAGAACGACCAGUUCAAAGACUAAUAGUGCUUAUUCCGGCCGAAGAGAGACAAACUAUAGGCUAA